AUGUCUGACCUCAGCCAGGUCGCAGUGUACUCAGACUCCUCAGAUAUUUAUAAGAAUGUGUUCUGUAACCCUGCCUUCGAGCUGGAGGGGGAGCAGGAGAGGGUGGAGGGAUUCAGGACAUCCUCAUCCACCCCUGAACCAAUCAAACCACCGGCAGCUAGCUGGGGUCUGUUUGGUGUGUGUGUGAUGCGUCUGAGGGCCCCGGGUUGUGGCUGGGGGGUGGUGGUUGUCUCUGCUGCUGCCCUGCUCCUAUUAGCAGCCAUCGGACUGGCACUGGCCCUCAUUCUUACACAGAUAAAGGGCCAGGCCGUGGAGGACCAGUUGUUGUCCACCAGCCCUCCAGACCGGCUGAAUGCAGGACAUGGAGUGUCCCAGACUUCACCCACAAUCUCUGCCAACAGAGGUCAACAUGAAAGUACAGCCGCACCGCAGCCGGCUAUAAUCCAACCAUCUGAAAUACGUAAGAGACUGAAGCAGAAUGCACAUUUCAUAUACAAAACUCACCUGCUUUUUUGUGCACCUGAACAAGGUAUUUCUUUCUCCCUCUCAGGUUGUGGAGGAGUCUUGUCUGACUCAGAAGGCAGUUUCAGUUCUCCAAACCACCCUGGAUCCUACCCCCCCAACUUACUGUGUGUGUGGGUGAUCCGAGUGCCACCCCCCUCCCUCGUUCAGAUCCAUGUUUCCUCUCUGUCUGUAGAGGGGCCGUCUCCUUGUCUGUUUGACUGGCUGGAGGUGCAGGAGCAGAUAGAGCAGAGCUCUGUGGUCACCAGGUUCUGUGGUAAUGUGGCACCGCCGACAGUCAACACAAACAGCAGCACAGUGUGGGUCACCUUCCGCUCUGAUGGCAGCAUCGCAGCCAGCGGCUUCACUGCACAGUACAGGGCCAUACAGCCUGGACACAAGAGUUGCUCCAGAGAGGAAUUCAUGUGUGACAGUGAUCGCUGCCUGCUGCCUGUGUCCGUGUGUGACGGUCAUCCGAACUGUCACGACCAAACUGAUGAGGCAAACUGCAGCCAUAAACAUAAAGAAUGUGGUGGGCAGAAGACUGGGUCCUAUGGUUAUCUGGCAAGUCCAAACCACCCCAGACCUUAUCCGCACCAGCAGCUGUGCAUAUGGUACAUAUCUGUUGAGGAAGGUCACGUCAUCACACUGAGCUUCAGGAACUUCAGCCUGGAAACUCAGGACGUGUGUGAGUUUGACUACGUGGAAGUGCACGACAGCGUCACCACUGGAGCUGGAAGAGUGUUGGGAAGGUUUUGUGGAACCACUUUCCCUCCAGACCUGACCUCCUCCGGCCCCCACAUGACUGUGGUGUUUGUGGCUGAUGAGGGCGUGGCCGACAGCGGCUUCAAUGCAACAUACCAGGCUGUGUCUGUACUUGGCAGGACAUGCGGUCCCAGCCAGUUUGCGUGCAGUACAGGCGAGUGUCUUCAGCGGCAGUGGCUGUGUGACGGAUGGAACGACUGCCCUGACGGAGCAGACGAGGAGGGCUGUGGCAACUCCACCUACCCUCCUUUCACUUCAUCGUGUGAGCUCAUAGAGGUAGAGAUGUGUCAAGGUCUCAGCUACAACCUCACCUCAUUCCCAAACAUCUGGCUGUCGAUUGCUGAUCAGAGAGAAGCUGCUACACUCCUGCGACAGUACCGGGUGCUGAUGGAGCUGGCGUGCUUUGAGCCCUUGCAGAGGCUGGUGUGCGGGAUGUUCCUUCCCCAGUGCAGCCCGCAGGGUGGCGUCCUCCAGCCGUGCCGCUCAGUCUGCGCCUCCGCUGAGAAGCAAUGCAGCCAAGCCCUGGAUCUCUUCUCCUUCAGCUGGCCCUUCAACUGCCACCUCCUGCCUGACUCACAGGACCCCAUGGAGUGCUCGCUGCCAUAGUCUACUUUUCCAAAAACAUUGCACAGAUUCCCCCUCCAGUAGAGAUGGUUAUAAAUUGUCUUUUUGCACUAUUUAUUGCUUUGACGUCUGUCCUGUAAUAACUGAUCUCACCUACAAAGACGGAAUAUAAAAAGAAUAAAACAACCUUUAUUGCUUUGUCGAUGUGCUUAUAUUAUUUUGGUGUUUAUAACACUGUAGAUUUGAUGAUCUGUUAAAGAUGUGUCUCACUGAGGCCACAUGACAAACCUAACACUCA